UUUACACCUGCGGUGACCGAAAGGCACACAGCUCCAACACUGACCGUGCCACUCACAGGGAAGCGUAUUAUCUAAACGGAGAUAAGAAGCAGUAUUUUCGCGAGAGGUCGUUGUUUAGCGGACGCUGACUGGGACUUGUUCCAGGCAGCCUCUGCCCACCUGUACCCCGAGAGGGAAGCUACAUCCUCGGCCACAGGCUCCAGGGCCCGCCCUCUUGCUGUCCACCAUGGACAAGACAGAUGUGGAACAGGUGACCCUGGCUCUACUUGAUGCAGCCACUGAUAAAGACUCAGAGGUCCAGGAACAGGUCAGAAAGUCUAUGUUGACCCUAGGAAAACAGCAGCCAGACAGAGUGUUAGCCAUGUGCCAGGACUACCUUCUGAAACACCCAAAGUUGGUAGUGAGUCACAGAGUUGUGAUUCUUCAGACCAUUGAGCUGAUUGUGGGUUGCAGGAUAGAGGAGAUCAGUUACCCAAGAAUAAAAAGUAUCAUCUCCCUGGCCUCAGAUGAAAUGACACGAACAAAGGAGGUCAUCCCUGAUUGGCAGCAGGCAGCCAGUAAUAUCUUGGUUGCUGUGGGUAACAAGCACAUUAAUGACAUCAUGGAGGAGAUACUAAGCAAGUUUCAGCCAGGGUUCCUACCUCACUUCUUUGUGGUCCAGACACUAGCCAACCUUUCUGAUUCCAAUGUUUAUGGUAUGGUACCCUUCCUCAAUGCUAUUCUUGGCACCAUGUUGCCCAUGUUGAGCAUGGCCAAACAGGACAACAUGAAGUGGGUCUUCUCUUCUGCUCUGUGUCAUUUCAGCGACAGUAUCUUGGAGUACCUGGCCAACCUGGACAAGGCUCCAGAUCCCACAGUCAGAAAAGACACAUUCUCCAGUGAAAUCUAUGCCGCUUUCGAUAUCCUCUUCAAUAAUUGGUUACAAAGCAGGGAGUCUAAGUUGAGGUUAACAGUAGCUGAGGCAGUGGGAUCUAUGUGCCAUCUGAUGGCCAGUGAUAAACUGGAGGAGCAGAUUCCUAAACUCAUUCCUGCCAUCCUGUCUCUGUACAAGAAAAACAAUGAACACUAUGUCAUUAGCAAGAGUCUGUGCCAAAUGCUCGAUGCUUCCGUCGGCAUGGGCAGCAGGGUGCUGGAGACACAACUGGACAGUCUACUCUUUGCACUGCAUCAACAGGUGUCUGCCCCUGUGGAUUACAGUAACCCUCCUACUGUCAAGAACCACAACGAGGUCCUGCGCUGCUUCAGCUUACUAGCGAACUCCUUCCCAGACCGGCUGGUUAUGUUUGUUCUUCAGAAGUUGGAGAACAGUAAUGAGCGAAGCAGGAUGGGCUCCCUGGCUGUCCUUCGUCACCUCAUCAACUCCAGCACUUCCACAAUGGAGAGUAAGAAGCUGCUGAUUCUGGCCAGCAUCAGACAACCAAUGGCUGAUCACGGCAACAAGGUCAAGAAGCGCGUGGUCCAGGUGAUCAGUGCGAUGGCUCAUCACGGCUACCUGGAGUUAGAGGGAGGGGAGCUACUGGUUCGAUUCAUCGUUCAGCACUGUGCCUUACCUGACACAUAUCAGCGAGUCCAGAAGCCCACAGAUCCAGAGGAGGUGACUAACGAGGCACUGAGGACGAUGUGUGACAGCACCCUUCAUCUCCUCACCACCACUGUUGGACGACUAGCUGAUGUGCUAUGGCCCAAGCUGCUGUACUAUCUGACUCCUUCACAGUACAGCAAUGCCACCGCUCCUCUGUGUAAGAGUCUGAUAGUGCUGGGCAACAAGAAGAAAAAUAACCAGGAGCCCAGCUUCAACAUAGACUUUACAAAGGAAGUCAAUCUGCCCUCUCCUCAAACACUAAUGGUCAGACUGCUGGUAAAUGCAGCGUUCCCAUUCAGUAGCAGAGGUCAUGGAGCUCCGUCCCUCUCUCUCCUUCUAAUCCUCAGCAUCAACAUCCACCCCAAUACAGAGAUACUCUGGGAGAAAGAGAUACCUCCUCUGCUUUCGAUGCUAGAGGAGUCAACGGCAGAGACCCUGGAUAAGAUCCACUGGGAUGAAAAGUUGUUGAAGCUCUUGUCUAAAACACUGGCUACUAUUGAUGAUGACAAGUGGGUGUGUCAGUUGGCAGUUGAGGCAACAACAUACCUCUCCACAUAUAACAAUGCCUUAGAGGAGAAGAGUUUCCUGUAUCGAUGUGUAGGAGUCACUCUCCAACAGUGUUUCAAUAAGGAGUUGGUUAAGAAACAGUUGCAGGAAAUCCUCCUCACAGCACGACACAACGAUGCCGUUGAAAGAGAGGGAGUUGCGAUGAGCGUUGGUCUGUGUGCCAACAGCCACUUAGAGGGAACUCUGGCCAAGCUGGAAGAGUUCGGCAAGUCAGACGCCUUCAAGAAGUCGCCAAGCAUCUUCAACCUUCUCAAAGAACGCAAUGAUGUUGAGGUGGAGAAGGUGAAAAGCACAUUAAUCUUAUGUUAUGGUCAAGUGGCUCUAAACGCACCUCCAGAAAAGAUACUGACCCGCAUUGAUCAAGACAUCCUUCGCUGCAUCAGUAAACACUUCAACACCAAGGUUCUGGGGAUUAAAGUAGAGACAAAGGACCUGACUAUGAAACUCAGUUUGAUCCAGAGUGUUGGGCUCAUAGCCAGAGCCAUCAGUGCGUGUGUGAAGAAACAAGGCUUUGUCUUCUCUCGCAAACAGGAGCUCAUUACUGUUAUGCUGGAUUUUAUCAAGGCAGAAGCAGCUGAUUCAUUGAGGACUCCAGUACGCCAUCUUGUGAUGACCACCUGUGCCAACCUAAUGCCUCUGGAACCCACGCUGAGUGAGAAUGAGAGCUUUGACUUGCUAAAGGUGUGUGUGAACAGUGUGUUCUCUCUGCCUCCUGAGACACACUCUCCAGAGAAAACUAAAGAAGAGGAGACACUGGACCCCAAGCAGAGAAAGGCAUUGUACAAAGACACGAUGGCUGCACUGCAGGAUCUGCUGAAAAGUGCGCUGGCCAAGGAUCCCACACCUGAUGGGCUGCAGAGUGUCUUCAAGCACAUUGAAUCAUGGUUGAGCUCCGGACAGGACCACGAGAGAGAGAGAGCUGUCACAGCUACUGCUCACAUGUUGACUUACUACCUGGAUAACCUGACUGUCAAGAACAUGGUGUCUUUCCAUAACCUUGGAGCUCUGCUGGGUCGACUGACUCCACGAUGUUCUGACCCUCGCCCUACUGUACGCACUGCAGCCAUGGACUGUAUAUACUCACUGCUUUACAUACAGCUACGCUAUGAAGGUUUCGCUCUAAAUUAUAAGGAUGAAGGUGUGGACAGUCUGUUGAUCCUAAAAGACCGACUAGAUAAACCUGACCACACUGUUCUCUACAAGACCUGCUCCGACCUUACCAAGGUGAUGAGUAAGCGUCUGCCUCAGCAACAGCUGACGACGUUGGUGUUCAUGUUGUUUGAAGGGCUGGUGGACAGUCAGGCAAACUGCUGCAGAGCCUCAUCUGUCAUCCUAAAUACUCUGCUGAAAAACCGAGGAGGAGGACUACAAGAGCUGGUCCCAGAGAUGCUGGAGGUGCUACAUGUGCGUAUGCAGAGCAUCACAGAGGAGCAGGUGAGAGUGGCAGUGGGACAGACGGUACUAAUCCUGGCUUCUCAGCAUCUACAGACCGUUAUCAAUACACUAGUUAACCAACCACUUCCUUAUGACAGCUGGACCAGUGAGAUGUGGAUGGCCUUAGGAGCAGACGCCAUCGUAGCCAAUCAGAUCAUUGAGAUGGUGAUGGAGAAGCUUCUGAUCAUGGCGCCCUACGUAGACCAGAGGGAGUCAAUGAUCAGAGGAGGGACAACAAAGGUGGCCACCAAUCAGCCACUGGCUAUGACAUGUGGUCUGAAAGAACUGUUAUUAAAUGGCCAGAGUCAGGAGCCGGCAGUCAGUCUGUUUCCUCAGCUCUUCUCCUGUCUCACUGUCAGACUGGGAGCAAGUGUCGGGGUCUCGGCACCAAAGGACAACAACACUAAACACACUGCCGCUGUCCAUGUAGCAGGGGUAGCAGCUGAAGCUCUGCGAAUCUUGAUAGCACGGGCCCAGUUAGAUGAGGUGAUGAAAAGACUGGAUGAAGAUAAAGCCUGGGAUGCAAUGAAGGAACCAAAUACACACGUUACUGGAAUUACACUACUGGCAAGGGCCAUGGCUAAGCAUGCUGGUCCCAGGUUGCCCGCCAUUGUGGAGUGUCUGUGUCCGUCCUUGAACAACAUCUACGAAUGCCAGAGAAUCACCGUCACUGCUUUCUUUUCUGAGCUCUUAAACCAUCAUGUGGUGACGGAGCUGAUGUUGAUAGAUGUGCUAAUGAACAACAUGAUGGAGAGGAUAUCAGAUCCCUGUUGCACUGUCCGCAUGUUGGCUGUGCGAGGGCUGGGCAAUAUAGCCGUGGGAUCACCUGAAAAGGUUAAUAAAUAUGCCAAGGAGCUGCUGGCAGCCAUGAGUUCAGGCAUGGAGGAGAAAGACGAUCCAGGUAAGCAGAUUGCCCUUGAAGCCAUGUCAGGUCUUUCCAAAGUUCUCCUUUAUCUGGACAAGAAGAACGUCCACUUAUUAGUGGUCUAUAUCUUCAUGAAGAUUAAACCAUUCUUGGAAAGUGAGAAUGAUGAGAUCCGUUGUGCUUCCAUCCAUCUGAUGGGGAACCUUUCCAAGUUUGGCUCAGGAGAGCCAGUGUUCAAAGACCAGAUCCACAAUGUUCUGGUCAGUCUGCUGUUACACCUGGUUGACCCAAACCCACAGGUGGUCAAGGCGUGCAAGUAUUCAAUGCGAGUGUGUGCUCCUGUGGUGGGAUCGGAGCAGAUCACAGCCAUGUUUCAGAACCACCUCCUCGAUGACAAGAGCUUGCACUACGGAGAGUUCAUCAAUGACCUCACCAAGUACCUGAUUCAGGACUUUCCAGGCAUGCUGAACUUCUAUCACAUCUCAGUCAUCCAGUUCUUCAAGAGCCACUGGGCUGAAGUGAGAGCAGGAGCCGCCAUGUUUAUAGGGUUUCUGCUGGGGAAUCUUCCAGAGGAGCAUUUCUCCCACCUCAACAUGGGCACCAUCACUAAAGGUUUAGUGAUGCUGCUCCAAGAUCCAGAUCCUGUAGUGAGAGUGAAGGCUGCUGAGGCCAUGGGACGUUUCCACUGACAGAGACAAAGACAAAGCCCUCAUACACAUCUGUAUCUCCUUUAGACACAAGUGGUAGGUUGCCACUACAUAGAGAACAGGAAUAUUUAUAAUUUUGCCCGCAAUUUAAAAAAAAAACAAACAUCUAGAGCCCACCAUUUAAAUGUGCAAACAAUAGAACCGUACUUAAAUAACGCAACUACAACCUUCAUUAAUACCAAAACAUGGACCAAAGCAGACUCAAAGGUGGCGCCAGGAGCCAAACUGUCAGAUUUACCAAUUUUAGGAAAAUCAUAUAAAAUGAACACUGAUAAUACUUAUUCAUUCACACAAAUGCACAUAAAGUUAGCCGUUAGCAGCUUUUUUAAGAUUCUUUUGACACUGAACUAUGGUACUUAAAAGGAAAUGUUAAUUCUUAGCUAUAUUUUAGUGACCAAAGACUGUGUAGCUCUGUACAGAUAGACGUCUGCAGUGUUGAGCGUUCCGUCAGUGACAACACCAGAGUUAUUCUGUGUUCUAUUAAUGAAGUGUACCAUGCAUCAAGACCUUUCUAAUCCAAAGGUUUGGACACAGUUGAGUAAAAUUUUUUUUUUUUUAGAAUGAAUAUAGUUUCUUCAAAUAUUAUGUGAAGAAGUUAACAGUAAGGCACAUUUAAAGUGCAUGACAACCGUUCCGCAUUACUUGUAGCUGAAGUGUAUGUGUGUAGUCAUGCCAACAUUUCAUGAUAGUGUUUUGUUUUAGUUUCAGACUAUCUUUUAAGAUAAGUUGUAAUGAAGUGGGCUCUCCCUCUGAUUCACAUGGUAUCCUCAUUUCACAAAUCAGCUCUGAGCUUUGUCCCCGCCCAUCAUUACGUAGAACCAAUAAAACAUUAUAGGUCAGUUAAAUGCAUGUUACUAUGAGUAAAGUGAUGUGUGCAAUAGAACUGCUAUAAAGGUUGAAUGCACAAGGUGCGUGUGCGUGUGCGUGUGCGCUUACUGAAAGAAAACCGGAUGGUCUCAUCUGUGUCCAGAGUCAUCUAGCUGACUUUGUCCAAUAAGCCAGCAAUAACCAGUCUGUAACUACUUAUACUUUUUUACCUUUACAAACUGUCUCUAACAGCAGGACUCGUCCUUACUAAUGGUCCUGCUUGGGACAGUAGCUCACAUGUGAACUGGCUUGUUCAGAACAGAGUAAAGACAGUUAAACCAUCCACUAAGUUUUUUUUGUUUUUUAUCCCAUGGACGAAUUGGUGCCAGACUCCCCUCUGUUUCUAAGCCAUAAUGACGCCGUUUAUAAAUCACUGCCACCUCUAAAUGUCCACACUGGACAUUUAGACUGCUGGUGUAACUAUACGUUCUUUCUUUGACCACUGUCUGUUUAAUCUGCACACAGUUCGAGAUUCAAUUUCACAUUAUGGGUCACACGGCGUCGGGCGUCCUAUGUAUACAAACAUUUAUUACCACAAUAACGUUGUCAGGCAACCAUCGUAAACACACCAGCCAAAUGACCAUUUUACCAUUUUAAUGUGGUGACCCUUUUUUUUUUUUUUUUUUUAAAGUCAUCACCAUUUAAUGUAUUUCUGAGAAGGGUUCGCAUUAUUUUGUGUUUUUAGUCAGGCCAAAAUUACAGACUUAACUCUUCACCAACUGAACCAGCCAGUUCCGGCCAAUCAAACCAUUGCUGUUGUGUUGUUAGGAAGAACAGAGCAGUGUAGCCAUGCUGAAAACAGUUAGUGCCAAAUGUUCGUUGAUCACAUAUAAUAGCACCAUAGAGAUGCUGUAAAUGAUUUUCUCACUUUAAAUGCACUUAAUGUUGUUUCCAUGUCAUUCCAUUAAAUGUUAGUUUGUACAGUUUUAAGCGCCAGUUGUUGGUUUGCAGGACUCUUACUAUCAUCUAAAUAUAUGUAUGAAUGUUGUGUUAUGUAAGGAUGUAUGUAUGUGUACAUUUUAGGUCUCCAAAUGCCAACAAGGAGGGAUCCAAAAUAAUCCAUUAUUCAUCUUAAUUUAAAUUCAUCUGGUGACCGAAAAUGUCUAAUACAGAGUCAGGUAAAAGCAAUACAUAGUUUGUUCUGGAAUAAAUGGUUAUAUGUAUGUCUACCUUAAAUAUUUCCGUUGCACUUUUAAGGUUCGUCAUGUAGUCCCUGAUUUUAAGAACUGAAAGGCAAACAAGGAGCUGAACCUGUCUUUUUUGUUUUUUUUUUCUGACUUAAUUUCACGAGACACAAACCUCAUGUGGAGAACAUUUGUAUGUCUUUGCCCAUAGAUAACUGAAAGCUGCUAUAGUUUGUUUUGCUUAUUUCAACAGACAAAUGUUUUCCCUAAUGUUAGAAUUUUUGUGUGUAAAUAAAAAAAAAAAAAAAAAAAAACUUUCAUGCUGUAAAUGUCUCAAUCAAAUUAAAAAGGCUGCUCCUGGAUCCGUAUCCAUUGUAUUGGAUGUUCUACAAACAGGGACUCGUGGCUUCUAGCACUUUCUAACACUAUGGCUGGGUUUAGGGUGAAUGGUAAAUAGUAAUUAGUAAUGUGUUUUAAAAGCUGUUAUGAAUUCUUUACCACUGAUAUGAUUUAGUUCAUGUCAUCUACCUGUUUUUUAACAUGUUGAAGGUAUGUCCCAGUAUAUAUGACACAUGGCUCCAUGUGUGAAUGUGUGUGUGUUACUUUUCAUUUGUUACUGGACCAGAAGAGACCGUGGAUGAUGGCAAUCAGUUGUAUUUAAAAUGAAGAAAUAAACAGAUCCAUCAAAAAUAUAA